AUGGCUGACGUUAGCAGCGAGCAGUCUUCCGGGCAACGUAAAUCUCAAGCUGUCUCGUGUCAAGAGUGUCGUAGACUGAAGGCAAGCGCCCUUUCGAUUUUUUUUAUUGUGGGGCUGCCAACAUUUGCUGUUGGAUACGUCUGGCUAAUACGCCUCGCACUCAGGUGCGACCGCGUCUUUCCUUGCGCCUCUUGCAUUCGUAGGGGCUGCGCCAAUCUCUGUCCUCAUGGAACGUUGGAAAAGGGCAAACGAGGAUUUCUUCGGAGACUAGAGCAGUCACUACCGUCUGCAUCGUCGAAUAACAGCGGCAAGGACGGGGAGAGCUCGGAGGUUGCUAUGUUCGUUGCUAGGGAUGCUGCUAUGUCGAAGCGAAUACUGGAGCUCGAGGCCUUGUUAACAAACGCAGGUAUUCCUAUACCUGGCGCGCCAAUGGCCUUCUCGAAGGCGGUCAAUGCUUCUCAUAAACGACCACGCCGUUCCUCAGUAUCUGAGUUGAGCACAGACAUCUCGAGUGCGUCACCAGAUCCGCCAAAGAUACCGGGGGAAUCAUCGGACGUCGCGCUGGGGUUUGGAACAUUGACAAUCGAUGUGGAAAACAAGACGCGUUACAUUGGGCUGUCCGGAGCCUCGGCGUAUCUCAAUGAGGACUUUUGGAAGACGGGCCAGAGUCGGGUACCAAGUAGGAGAAAUUCACCGGAAGACCUAUUAUUGUCAGAUAAGAAGCCUGUAUCUAAUCAAGAUGUCUACACCUUUUCUCCAUCUGUCUUUUGUGUCGAACUUCCCCCUCCCAUAGAUAGCUCGUCGUUGCCCCCAUACCCAGAAGCACGCCGUUUAGCAGAUCUAUAUUUCGAAAAUGCAUCUUGGAUGUAUGAGAUCAUUCCAAGAGAAAUAUUCUUUACUGUCCACCUACCCCAUGUGUGGCCAACGACGGCCUCUCCUACCCAGAAACCCAUGCCUCACGACGUUUUUGCUCUUGUCGCCAUUGUUCUUGCUCUGGGUGCCUUCUUUGACCUUGAUCUCUCUUUUAAUGUAGUGAAGCAGCGUGCCGCGCAGCUUCAUUCGCUCGCUGUAGCGUGGAUAUCUGCGCAUAUACCCCAGGAUGGGGCGCUAAAAUUGGAUACAAUACCUGCAGUGCAGACCGUUCACCUGAUGGUACUGUACCAACUCAGUACAAGGGGAAGGGGGGAUGGAGAGGCGGCAUGGCAGCUUCUUGGUAUGGCUAUGAGGUCUAUACAGGCUCAGGGUUGUCACCGAGACGGAUCACGCUGGAAUUUGCCUGAACGGGACUUGGAGGAACGUAGGCGGGUGUUUUGGGAAACACACACCUACGAUCGACUGCAAUCCUUUGCUUUUGGUCGACCAUAUAGUCUGAGCGACAGUCAUCAUGAUUGCGAGAUGCCUAAAAGCUGCGACACGCCUCUUCCGUCCGAUACGUCACCAAUCGAUGCGGAGUUUUCUCAUACACGAUGGCAUCACCACAAGUUCCGCUUCGCUCUCCUCCUCGGACGCAUUGUUGAUGAAGCCUUCGCUGCAAAACAUCCAACAUACUCUGUUAUCAUGCAGCUGGAUAGAGAGAUUAAUGAUUUUUAUGUCAAACUACCCAAGUGGAUACUGUGCGAGAACGUUACGGACCCCAUAAAAGAUCUGCAGCCUGGGUUCGGGAUCGGUCAACGGGCAUCCCUGAGAAAAGACGCUCAGAUCUUCUCCCUGGCCAAUAUGAUAUUUAUAACGAAGUUGCAUCUACAUCGAGGUCCGUUUUGCAGGGCUCUGAUGCACACCCCGGGAGAGGCUCUGAAAUCGAGAUACGAAUCUAGUGUUAUCAGUUUGACCGAGGCCGCUCGUGCAAUUAUAAAUAUAUCGCGAGGAUUAUUCACACUACAUCGAAGAUUGACGUGCCGAAUGUGGUACCUUUUAUUCCACUCCUUUACCGCCACGGUCUGCCUAGCAGUUCUCGUCAUUGUGACACCCUUUCAUCCUCUUGCACCGCUGGCGUAUGACUCUGUGCAGAUGGCACUGGAACUGUUUAGUGUCGCUGAAGGAGAUAUGGCAGAGAUCGCCCGGGAACGGGUAGGGCGGUUAGCUGGAAAAGCAAAAGAUGUCCUGAAGGGCUGGCGGCAAGCAAACGGGCAUGAAACCGACGGGGGACCAAACGGAAGGUUCCCGGAAUCGAAUGUACGAGGCAAACCUGAGGAUCUGCUUGGUGCUUCGACCACAUUGAUCAGAAUGCAACCUACGGAAGGCACUACCCUAGAUCUCGGGGCCGUAGUGGACGCUCUUGGUGGACAAAGAGAAGGACAUGAAAAUGCGGACCCAUUCUUCUUUCCCCUGCAACCGGCAGAUCCGCUCCAGGUCCCAUAUGCAUCUGGAAUGAGUAGGAUUCCUUUUCCUUCCUCGAUGGAUCCAACUUGGGGAUGGAGCGAUGAGUCGUUCAUGAAUUAUCUGAAUAGUGCCCAAGCGAUUGGGAAUGAUCCAGCACUUACUCAGGACCAAUGGAUGAUGGACAUGACGGCGAGUAUUGACCUGAAUGUGGACGGGUUUGAUCUAUCGUCAUUCAUACAAAAUGGAUCUACUGCUUGGAUGGAUUUCGAUCUGAAUGUUCCUGGAUCACCUAGGACGCUGCGGACGUUGUAG